CUGACACACGCACACACACACUCGGAGUCGGAGCUGAAGUUUUUCCACUCACAUUCACGGACACUGAUGUCAGCGCGGCUCCCCCACGACCGAGUGCGAUCAAUAAGCGAGAAAAACUACCUUAAUCUUGCGGGAACAGAGGCAGGGACUCCGGGUGGAGGAGACAGGCGCGGAAGGAGCGUUCCGGGGUCACAUGGAAACACUAUGUAGCUGGGAACACGGUGGUGGACUUGAUCGCAGUUUCGCUCGAGAGGAGGCAAAGUGAGUGGCAAGAGUCGACAUGCUCACCCCGGCGCCGAUGCUGGUCUCCCUGCUGCCUCUCCUGCUUCUCCUGCUCCGGUGUCGGGUGAUUUCCAGUCAGUACUCCAGCGACCAGUGCAGCUGGAAGGGCAGUGGACUGACUCACGAAGGCCACACAAGGGACGUGGAGCAGGUUUACCUACGUUGCUCCCAGGGCUCCCUGGAGUGGCUCUAUCCCACGGGGGCCAUCAUCGUGAACCUGCGACCCAACACGGUGUCCCCCGCCGCCGCUCGCCUCUCCGUCUGCAUCAAAACUUCCACGGACUCCAGCGGCACCAACAUCUAUUUGGACCGCAACGGAAAGCUGCGGUUGCUGCUGCGAGAGCAGGACCAGGCUCAGGGCAAAGUGCACUGCUUUAGCAUCCGGGAGGGGGCGCUCUUCAUCGAGGCCGUUCCCCGCCUGGACAUCAGCCGGCGGAUCACGGCGUUCCAGUACGAGCUGGUCAGCGACAGGUUGGGAGCGGCGGCGAACUCGCUGGGUGCUCCCUGUCAGCCCUGCAGUGAUGCUGAGAUGCUUCUGGCAGUCUGCACCAAUGACUUUGUGGCACGGGGCAACAUUAGGAAGGUGGAGCAAGAGGAGGAGCACUCGUCCAUCACUGUGGAGAUCAGUCACCUCUACAGACAGAAGACCCAGGUCUUUGCAUCUGGUGGUGUGAGGGUACGCAGCUGGACUGGUCACAUCAAGAUGCCCCUGCACUGUGGGGUGAGGUCUGGUGAGGGCGACUUCCUCUUCACGGGGACAGUGAGGUUCGGUGAGGCCUGGAUGGGCUGUGCCCCACGUUACAAAGACUUCCUGCGGCUGUAUCAUGAGGCGGAGCAACAGGGCACCAACCCCUGUCACAUGGACACUGACUGACUGGACUCCCUGCCCACGUUUGGAAUUAGGACAAGUCCUCACUGGGUGAUGACGAGAGCUGAAUCAAAUGUUCAUGCUGAGGAGAGAAGAGGCUGAUGGACUGACCCUGUGGCAGCGCCUCUCUCCUCUGACUGUCUUGUGACCCUUUGGAGACAAUGAGUGGAGCUCCUGAAUGUUGCCAAGCAGCAUGUUAGCCGGGCUCUGUUCUCAGAGUUCAACGUGACGCAGCGUGGAAUGUGUCUGGACGGCCUUCUUCAUUCGCAGAUGACGGGACACCCCGGGAUUUAAAUGUAGCAGACACCACUUGGGUUUUUAUUUGUAUAAAAUGUGAAUGGACGUUGUAUAUUUUGAAGCUCUGCGUGCUUUGUAAAAAGCUUGAUGUACAGUCCUGAAGUAAUGUCUUAUGACAGAAAUGUAAAAAGUGAAAGCAUCUUAUUUUUAUUUUGUUUAAAAAAGAAAAGAAAGGAAAAAGUGAGCCGCAAUUUAAUGCCUGGAUUUAUGUGCUUUUCAGGCUGCACAAUUGGGAAAAAAAACAAUAAGCAAAAUCUCUCUCUUUUUUUUUUUUUAUUUUGCUUUUGAGAAUAAAAGCUUAUUCUGAUGAA